AUGAAGACUCUCGUAGUGCUGUCAGCUUUGACUGCGAUUGCUAUUGCAGCACCGGCACUAUCUGAAAAUCGCUACGUCGGGUAUAGUCCAGUGUCAUAUCAAAUCACACCUACUUUCCGACGAGAGAAGAAAUCUGCCACAGAGACAAGCCAUAAUGCCAGACAUUUAUCAGAAGUACAACAGUUGCCACUCAUGGAGACCAACCACGUGACUAAAGUUUCAGGAAGAACUUUUGGCUUGAAGAAACCAAUAAUAGUCAAGAAUAAUAAAUUGGGAUACCACUUGUAUCGCAACUCUGAGGAAGAGCAAGCCCAGAUUGAUCCACAAGAGAAAUGUACAAAGGAAGUCAAAGUAAAGUUGUGCGAUUCAGAGAACUCCGAAGCCAGAUCCAAUGACCUAAAGGCCAAUUCUACCUGUAAAACUGAUUUACAUAAUUCGAAAAGUGAUAUCAUGCAGAGCAUAAAGACCGCGAAACAAGCAGUUGAAAAACUUCAGCACAUGAAACAUGAUUGGAAGCAUAAUACUCUUGGAUCAGAUGCGGAGGUACAUAAAAAUAUCGAAGUGGCAAGAUUAGCACUUGAGCAUAUCCAGCAAAACUUUGGUAACUUAGAAACAAUGAAUAUGCAAGCUACCAAUGCGGAGGAUUUGCAAGAUGCAAAAGAAGAAAGAAUAACACAAUGGAUGGAAGCUAUAAAUAAUAUUCAAAAAAAUUCUGAAAUAGCAAGAAAUUUAGAAGACGGCUUUAUAGCGUCCAACAACCAGGACCAUAACAUGGAUCAAAGGAAAAGUAACAAUGAACUAGACAACGUUCAUAACCAUGAAAUAACAAUAAAAAGUAGCUCCCAUGACGAACAAUCAAAUAUGGAUAAAUUAGAAGCCAAAACAGAGCAUGAAGUAACACAUCAAGACAUGAAAGCAGAACUGUCUGAGACAAAGGAGGCCAAAUUUGACCACAAAAACACGUUGAUUGCACGUGUAGACAUGCCCGUCACCGCAACUGAAGAGGUAUCACCAAACUCAUCGUUUAUAACUAAUAGUGACCUUGAUAAGAAUAUAGAGUCCGAAGCGCACGGGAAAGCCAAAAACUCCGAACUAGACUUCAAUUCAAAACACCCUGUUGCUGAAGAUCACAAAAUGCCAUCGGAACCUAAGGAGCCAAGAGCCAUGGCGGCAGCAGAGGUCAUUAAGAUGGAGAUGGAUAAAAUCAAACAAUCAAACAAAGCCGAGAAAGCUUUGGAAUCAGCAAUUGGUACACUACAAAAAUCCAGCAUGAAGUCAACCGAAUCAAAAGCCGAUUUUGUACACCACAACGACAUGAAUUCUCAAUCGAAAGGAUUCGAUGAGAAGAAUAGCAAGAGUGCUUGGAUGGAAUCUAAAGAUAAUGAUAUGCUAGCAAAGGCUUCAGAACACAUUCCUACAGCAAUUGACACCAAAGAAAGAGAAAUGAAGACGGAUUUAACACAUGAAAAAGCUGGUCACGUUAGUGCUUUUACGGCUAUGAAAUCUGUAGAGCACCAUAAAAAUCUUGAAAAACAAUUCAUCGAGGAUGAUCAAAAUCAUUCUCAUAUUGAAAUGAAAUCCUCUGCCACUAGUCUAACUAAAAUGCCCGAAAGACACGAUGAUAACGUCGCGAUGAAAUCUGCUGAUCAAGUGCACAACAAUGAACCAGCAAAUUUGAAGAAAGGGAUUUCUUCUUCAGCUCUCCAUAAAACACUUGCCAGCUCAGCAAAUGACUUCUGCGAAAAACGCUGCAGCUGA